CAAAGCUUAUAGUACACGGCGGACAAGGUGACAGUAUAUUCGACGGCAGUGCUUGGCUUGAGGUUACAUUAUGGCUGGUCUUCUGUUCAUUGUAUGUAUACCCACAAGCAAACAGGAAGUUAAUCUGAACGAAAGCUCGCAAGGGAAAAAUAUUUCUUCAAAUACUUUAAAUGAAGACUUCAUUCAAGAAUUUUCAGAUAGAAAAUCAGAAUCGUUACAUAGUUUGAGAAAAACAAUUUCAGCAUCAGACAGUCUGUAUGAGACAGAUGAUACAAGCGUUUCUUAUGUAUCUAAAACACCAAAGGAUUCAAGGGCAACAUUAAACAGUGACACUGCUCUGGACAGAAAUGUUACGAAUAAUACACGAACAGACAGUAGAAGCGACGGGUCAAGUGAGGUUGCAAUAAAAAUUGAAGAAUCUAGAAGUAAUGAAGAGUUAACCAAAGUUGUUACGAAGAAGAAUGCAUCUGAAAGGGCGAAGGAAAAACGUGAAAGUGUGAUGCCAAUGGAAAAGGUACUGGAGAUGGUACUUAAAAAGUUUAAAAUCGAGAAUGCAGUUUGGUGUUCUGGAGAAAGUGGUCAUUAUUACCAGGUAUUUUUUACUGUUGGUUCUGGUGACUGUUGUGAGGAAAUACUUAGACAUCUAGACGAAUCAGGAAUAGGUGUCAGACUCAAUUCUGUGGUCAGUGUCCUACCUUGCACAUUGUACUAUCAGGGAAAACAGGAAUCAAUGAUUGAAGAAUGUCCAAGUGUGGAACAAAUUGAUGAAUGCAAACAGAAGUCUGCUAAACCCUCAUCAUGGGAUAAGUUUGUAAUGUCAGUACGAUCCAGACUAACAGUCGCGCAAGUGGUGGAAGGUGUGAGAGCAGAUGCAAGCUUGACCUUUGAUUUUCUUGCUCUCCUUGUUACUGCAGGAAUUGUGGCUGCAUUGGGACUUGCAGAAAAUAGCACCAUCGUUUUGGUGGCCAGUAUGCUGAUCUCACCGCUCAUGGGACCCAUCAUGGCUGGAACAUUUGGCACUGUGAUUGAAGACAGGCAACUUCAGAAAAUGGGUGUUCUGAACGAACUGUUCGGUUUGCUUGUGUGUCUUGUGGUCGGUUUCAUCUUUGGACUGGCAGCUGGUUUAGCCAGUGAACACUGGUGUAAUGGUGGAUGGCCAACUGAUGAGAUGAUAGCCAGAGGUCAGCUUCGAUCCUUAUGGGUCGGUUUGCUAGUUGCUCUUCCUUCAGGAGCCGCAGUCGCCAUCGCCAUUCUAGGAGACAACACGGCAUCUCUUGUGGGCGUUGCUAUUUCUGCUUCUUUGUUGCCUCCAGCUGUGAAUGCUGGAUUGUUCUGGGCAUUGGCCUGCAUGGACAUUCUGUGGCAGGGACGCAUGAUGCUAGAGGAUGAUGACUCCAAUGUAGCAAAUUCCUAUAAGCCUACCUACUCAGAGACUCGUGUUGAACUUCUGAUUAUGGGUGCUGUCAGCCUUUGUCUCACACUUAUCAACAUCAUUUGCAUAUUCCUGGCAGGAAUUAUAGUUCUUAAAAUCAAGGAGGUUGCGCCUCGUACUUCCAAGGACCAAGUGCAGUUCUGGAAACAUGACAUUAAGGUUGCACGAGAUUACAACAGGACAUUUCAUGGUGAAGAUGCUGAGGAAAUUCGGAAACGGUUAGCAGAAGAACUUGCUCGAACAAAAUUACAUUCACCAAAUGUAUACAAUUUGGGCCACCGUAAUUCCAUAAUUACAGCUCAUGAGGUAUUUAAUCCGCCGGCUACAAGUGAAAUUCGCAGUCAACUUACUUGGUCUCCAAGUAGUAUGGACUUUACUCGAGAGAGGCGGCCAACUCUGCAUGAUCUGGAUAGAAUGUAUACAACUCUUUCUACAGCAAUUGGUCAAGGAAGUGUCGACGUACAGCACCUUCAACGCAGGCGGCGGAGACAUUCUGGGGGAGCAUUCUGGUUAGGAGGGAACAACAUGAACACUGUUGCUUGUAGUAGGUCUGUAAACCUUCCCCAGUCUAUGGACCUAUCUAGUAACGCAGUAAUUACUCUUCCCACCAUCACAGAAAAUAAGACUCAGCACUCAUUGGGUUCUGACCUUAGCACAGCUUCGCACACAUCUGAAUCAUCAAAGGAGAUAUCAUCAUCAGGAACACCACCAUAUAAUGAGAAGAAGAUAUUUACAGUAACUGUUACUAAAACUCCCACAGAGAAUGAUGAGUGAUAUUUCCUUUGUCACAGUUUUUCUUUAAACUAUUUUAAGAACUUAAUCUGUUUAUGAAUAGUUUUGUAUUAAAUAAUUAUGUGCGUAAUUUUGUAGUAAUGUAAGUAUUUAAGAAAUAAAUAAUUUAAGCAGAAAAAUAUAUAAUUAUUGUUGAAUUGCUGAAGAGUUUCUGAAUGAAGUUUGUGUAUUUUGAAUGUCAUAAAUUAUGUAUAUGUUAAUAUUUAAAAGUAUUUAUGUUAGUUAGUUAUUUAGAGAGGGUGGGUUUCCCCAUGCACCGCGACCAG